AUGGAAGAGAAAUCCACCAUGAGCCCACAACCGCAGACUGCACCAGACAAGCACCAGGGUUUGAAAACCCCCAAGAACAGCGAGGACCCCUCCCCCACUCCUGUUCCUGAGAACGAGGGCCAGUGUGGGGCCCCCCGGUGGAGCGGGUCCAGCGAGGACGCCCAGGAUUCAGCGGAGCUGCUUUUCUCAGGCUCUGCAAGUGCUACAGAGGCCCUCUUCUCCUCCAUCCAGUCCAUCACGGAGGAUCUGCAGGUGGUGGGCGGAGUGGGAGAUGGCUCCAGGCCUUUCUCAAGGCCCUCUCACCCGAGGAGCUGCGGCGCCACGUACAGCUGGCCGUGCCGGCCUGCUGGAAGCGCCAGCAGACAUAGUGCACCCUGCCGGCUGACAGAGGUGGCGACAGAAGAGUCCAGCGAGAGGGAAGAGGAGCCAGCCUGCACAGCGACCCCCGCGGAACAGCCCCGCAAGCUGUUUUGCGAAUGCUGCAGGAAGAGGGGACACCGAGCCCGGGACUGCUGGGCCCCAGAGCCUCGCACUCCCGGAUCGGCGUCGGGAAACGGGAACGGGGCGGCUCAGCGUGGGGAUGGCCAGCCCUUGAACACCUCAACCCCCGCUCUGGAGAGCGCUGUGAAGACCGGCACCCCACAUGCCACCGUUGGGCAAGUCGGCUGUAGCCGGGGCCUGUACCUCCACUGCCAAAUCGAGGACCAACCCUGCCUGGCCUUGCUCGACACCGGUUCAUCGGAGGACUGUAUCCUGGGGCUGGACUUGCUGCAGUGGGCAGGGGCCAGUUUUGACUUGGGCCGGCAGGAGUUGGUGUGGCUGGGAGAGCGACUUCACCUGGUGGAGGGCAGGCCCAGCGAAGGCCGAGGGACGUGGCUGGAGCCGGGGGAAAAAGAGGCAUUGGUGGCGGCGGCUGCGGCAGUUGCCGGGGCGGACGGGGCUUGCGAGCUGGGGAACAAGGCGGCGGUGGCGGGGGCCAAGCGUUGCGUGGAAGCAAGGCGUGCCGUUGAGGACCUGUACCAGCGAAGCUGCGAGGGCCUCGAUCAGGACCAGCGGCAGCAGCUCCAGGCGCUACUUGGCCAAAACGAGGACCUCUUUGCGGCGAGAGAUGAGGACUGCACCCCGGACAGCUGCCGAGGAAAAGAUCCGGGAGAUGGCGGCAGCGGAGUGAUUGAGCCCUCUGCGAGCCCAUGGUCGGCACCAGCUGUACUGGUCUGAAAAAAAGACAACUCGUGGAGGUUCUGCGUAAACUACCACAAGCUGAACGAGGUCACCUGAAAAGACUCCUACCCCCUGCCGAGGAUAGACAACGCCUUGAACUACAUCACCGGGUAGACCUGGUUCAGCUCCCUGGACCUCCGCUGCGGCUGCUGGCAGGUACCGCUUGCUCCCGAUGCUCACCUGAAGACGGCCUUUUCCAUCGGCCAGGGCCUCUGGCAGUUUACUGUCAUGCCUUUUGGCCUGUGCAAUGCCCCAGCGACGUUCGAGAGGCUGAUGGAGAGGGUGUUGGCAUCGGUCCCGCGGAACCAGUGUGUGCUGUAUCUGGACGAUCUGCUGGUUCAUGCCCAGGGUUUCGACCAGGCCUUGACGAACCUCCAGGCGGUGCUGGAAUGCAUCCGCCGUGCUGGCCUGAGGCUCAAUCCCUGCAAGUGAGAGCUCCUGCGGCGGGAGGUGACCUUCCUGGGACAUGUUGUUGGACCGCGAGGGAUGGCUACAGACCCAGGUAAGGUCGCCGCAGUGAGGGGUUGGCCGCCUCCUUGCACUGUUGCGGAGCUGUGCAGCUUUCUAGGGUUGGCCUCGUACUACCGGAGGUUCGUCCGGGACUUUGCCAGCAUCGCUGCCCCGCUGCUCCGCCUCACCGACAAGGGCCGCCAUUUCGACUGGGACUCGGUUUGUGAGAUGGCUUUCGGCUGGUUACGUGAAGCACUGGUGGGGGCCCCUGUGUUGGCCUAACCCGAUCAGCGGUUACUGUAUAUCCUGGAUACCAACGCGAGUGACUCGGGGGUGGGUGCAGUGUUGGCGCAGGAGGGGCCAGAUGGGGAGCGGGUAGUUGCCUACUACAGUCGGGCUUUGAAUAAGGCUGAACGGAACUAUUGCGUGACCCGUGGCAAGCUGCUGGCGGUGAUGGCGGCGGUCAGGCCGUACCUGUUCGGGACCCGGUUCCGGUUGAGGUCCGACCAUGCGUCCCUCACCUGGCUGCUCCACUUUAAGGAGCCGAAGGGGCAGAUGGCACGAUGGACAGAGGUCCUGAAGGAGUACGAUUUCACUGUCGUGCACCGUGUGGGGUCUCGCCAUCUCAAUGCCGACGCUCUCUCGCGGCACCCCAGUGAGGCCGCAGACUGCAGCUACUGCCCCCAGCAGGAGCAGCGUGAGGGGGCCGUCCGCACUGUGGCAGAGGGGCUGCUGGGGGUGGGCAUGUCAGACCUAGUGCAGCAACAGGCAGCUAAUCCUGACGUGGGGCCAGUGCUCCGCAGGAAGGCAGCAGGAGCGCGGCCUGCGUGGGAGGAGCUUGCCCUGCAUAUUUGGCUCUUCGCCAAAGUGUGCAAUCGCCUGGGAAUCUCUAAGACGCAAACCACCCCGCUGCAUCCCCAGAGCGACGGGUUGGUGGAGCGGUUUAAUCGAACGCCCGCCACCCAGCUGGUCACCCUGGUGUCCCGGCACCAACGGGACUGGGACCGCCACCUCCCCCUUGUGCUCUGGGCGUAUCGGACCACGGUCCAGGAAUCUACCGGGUGCACCCCGGCCUCGCUCAUGCUGGGCCGGGAAAUGUGA